AUGUGGCCCAAGUCUUCUGAGAUGUCUGCAGUAGCCAACAUGUCUUGGGUCCUGCUUUCUGUGCUGUGCCUCAUCAUUCAAACUCCAGCAAUAGCCAUAAAGCAGACUUCUGAAUUUAACCUCCAUGAAAUAGUUCAUCCUAAAAUCCUACACAGUUUACAUGAAAGAGGAAUGGAGAACAACCAGACAAAGAAAGGUGGGAAAGAGGAAACUUAUAUAUCUGAAGUUCAGUACCUGAUUAAAUUAAAUGGAGAAGAAAUCAUUCUUCACCUACAAAAAGCUAAGUAUGUUCCGGGGCCAGACUACACUGAAACAUACUACUCCCCCGGAGCAGAGGAAAUAACCAGGAGCUCUCAGAACAUGAAACACUGUUACUAUGAAGGUCACAUCCUGAAUGAAAAGGAUUCUUUUGCCAGCCUUAGCACCUGUGAUGGGUUGAGAGGAUACUUCACACAUCAUGGCCAAAGGUAUCAGAUCAAGCCACUGCAAAGCACGGAGCAGGGCAAACAUGCUGUCCUUACGUACAGUCAGGAGGAACCAGACAUGGCAAAUCGCUUGUGUGGCAUGAGAAGAGCUGGCAGAAAACAAGGCCAUAGUAGAAUGUCAAGGUUACUCAACAGUACAAAGCCGGAAGAUUUCCUUCAGGGACAGAAGUACAUUGAUCUCUUUCUGGUGCUGGAUAAUGCCUUUUACAAGAUGUAUAAUGGGAAUCUCACUGUGAUGAGAAGCUUUUUGUUUGAUGUGCUGAACCUACUCAAUGUGAUGUAUAACACUAUAGAUGUUCACGUGGCCUUGGUAGGUAUGGAAAUCUGGUCUGAUGGUGAUAAAAUCAAGGUGGAACCCACCCUUGGCAAAACAUAUAGUAAGUUCCUGCACUGGCAUAGAUCUACCCUGGGGAAAAAGAAGAUCCAUGACCACGCUCAGCUUCUCAGUGGAAUUGGCUUCAACAAUCGGCGCGUAGGAAUGGCAAACUCGAAUUCCUUAUGUUCCCCAGUUUCAGUUGCUGUCAUUGAGGGUAUAAAUAAGAAUAACGUGGCUCUUGCAGGAGUGAUGGCCCACGAGUUGGGUCAUGUCCUUGGUAUGCCUGACAUCCCCUACACCACCAAGUGUCCCUCUGGCAGUUGUGUCAUGAGUCAAUAUCUGAGUUCAAAAUUCCCAAAGGAUUUUAGUACAACCUGCCGCUUACAUUUUCAAAAAUACAUUCUAUCUCAAAAACCAAAGUGCCUUCUACAAGCACCUAGUCCUACAAAUAUAAUGACAAAGCCAGUGUGUGGGAACCAACUUCUGGAAGUAGGAGAAGACUGUGAUUGUGGAUCUCCUAAGAGCUGCACUGAUCUUUGCUGCCAGGCCCUGACCUGCAAACUGAAAAGUGCCUGAAUGCCCAGAAGAUACUUCUGAUCACUUCGCAAGAUGAAUCACAGUUCACUUCAUUGAAAAGCGACUUUGCAAGACUCAAGAGCUAUAACCACUACAGGCAUCUUCUAUUUUCACCACAAGCACUUUUCGAGAUCUUGGUUUCUGUAUCCAUGGAUUCAAACAACCACUGAUUGAAAAUGUUUGAGAG